AUGUCCUCGCGGAAGAUGCGACGAACAACCGCAACAACAACGAAGAACAACAACAACAACAGGUUGAAAGAUCUCACCAACACGAACAACACCAAAGAGAAAGAACAGGAGGACAGAAAUAAAAGGAACGCUUCUAGUACUCCCGAGAUUCCGGAUUCGAGGCCGUCGAGGAUGACCGCCAGUAUCGUCGUCGAAGCAUCCUCAUCCCCGAGAUGUUUGGCGGGCGAGAAAAAAGAAGCGACGACGAAGAAGAAAAAAAACACAACUUUUCCACGAGCUGGAACGAGGAGGAAAAGAGUCGCAAAAGCGAUACAAAAGAAGGAAGACAACCGAGACGAAGAUUUCGAGAUCGAUUUAAUGUGCGAAGAAGAACCCUUGGUAGGAAAAAGAAGGCGGAAAGGAACAGGGAAAGCGUCGAACACCACGCGCAGUCGUAGCGAUAAACCACCUUUACCACCAGUUUCAUCGAAAGAUGACGACGAGGAAGGAGAGGACGACGAUUUCGACGACGCGAAGAAGGUGAAGAAGAAGACAGUGAAGAAGACAGAAAACGCGGGAAAGAGGCUUUCGACGCAAACGACGCCGACGGCGUCGCGAGGCGCGACGUCGACGCUGGCGGAGUACGCCUACUGGGCGUUUUCCAACGACGGCGGGCGGCGGAGGACGGAAGAAAGGUACACGUUGGACCCGUACGUGAAAUAUGGGGAGUUGUUCAACCCGGCGAUGCGACAGCAAGUCGUGAAUUGGAUGUAUAAGAGGUCUCUUCGGUUAUCGAUGGCGCCGGAGACGUUUCAUUUGGCGGUGAGGUACUGCGAUACGUUUUUGAGUAAACGCGAGUGCGAGGUGUUUUUGCAAAGAAACGGGAACGGUUCGGAGCCGGUGCCGGCGAAAGCGAUCGAGUCGUUCUAUGUUGUCGAUCGCUUAGAAUACGCAAAUCCUGGUAAAGACAGAAAGGUUUUGUUUUACGCGAAGGAGGCGGAAGGUACGAGCGCCAUGGAUGGCGUUGAUUUUGGCGGCGUGACGCCGAUUUUCCCGCUCGGCGACGAAACGGUGAACCCGUUGUGCAACAAACUGAAAAGGUUAGGUGCGACGUGUUUAUUCGUGGCGGCUAAGAUUGUUGAGGUGAAUCCGCCGUGCGCGGCGACCGUGGCGUCGUGCACGGAAGUGAGCACGUUUAACCGCAGUCAGUUGUUACUCGCCGAACGCGCUUUGCUGCGCGAGUUGGACUUUUUUCUGUACCGGCCAAAUCCGAGAGCGUUUUUAGACGCAUACAUCGACGUCGCGCACAGAAAAGUGGCGAAGAUAUCCGUAGAAGACAGAUUGGAGAAAGAGUCAAAAAUUUACGAACGAACGUACGGAGGAAAGUACGGAGAAAAUACCUUGGCGUAUAGAAAUAUGAAAUUCGCUUUGGAGAGUCACAAGAGGAAAGUGGAAGAGUUUUGCGAGUUGACCGUGGACUUGGCGGUGCUUUCCCAACAACACUUGCGUUGGCAGCCGAGCGUUAUAGCGGCUUCGGCACUGGCUAUAGCCCUGGAGGACGAGUGGUAUUUGUCGUGGGACAGCGCGGAUAUGGAGUGCAUGGUGGAGUUGACCGGGUACGCGUACGACGACUUGGCCGAGUGUAGCAGAUGGUUGUUGUCGGUGUUGAGAAGCGCGAGCGUCGCGGAAGAAAUCCAGCGAAGAGGAGAAGCCGGGAGUCGAUGGUACUCGAAACUUCACGCGAACGAGAAAUACCGCGGGGUUAUUGAUCGCGUGACUGACGAAAAACGACCACACAUGCAACGACUCGAGAGCGCGUUUGGAUACACAAACUUCACGAGCAAGCGAGGGAUUUUACUUACGGAUUUCAAGGAAAUUGAAAACUGUUUCGAAAAGGCAGUUUCGAAAGGCGUGCCAAAAUCCAAAUAG